AACAUCCAGCGUUAAAAUAUCACGAUGUGGGGAUAAAGAAUCCAAAACUGUCCUAGGCUGUGGGCAAGUUUCUCAGGAGUGCGGUGCGAUUGAUGAGUGCUGUUGGGUCGAACGCAAAACUAUUCAGAUACAAGAUAACAUAUGGCUUGAAGGAGAUCCUGGCUUCCCAAUACUAGAACAAUGCUUCCCAAAACUAGGAAACUGGAGAAUACGGUUGAUAAAAAAAAUGGAUUGUGUUACACCAAGAAGAGGACACGCAACAGAAUGAUGAUGUCUGAUCUACCAGAUGAUUUGUUAGAGGAGAUACUAUGUCGCAUUGAGGCUACAUCUCUGAAACGCUUACAAUCUACUUGCAAACGAUGGAACCAUUUAAUCAACAAUAGGAGAUUCACAAUAAAACACUUCGAAAAAGCUGCAAAGCAGUCUCUGAGUCUCAUGCUGAAUCCGAAUGGGGUUUACUCGGUGAGCAUCAAUCUCCAUAGAUCUUCACCUGUAGAGGUCACGGAAAAAAUUGACCUGAUCUAUCCUCAUUCAAGUUUAGAUGAAUGCAGGAUCUCUGAAUACUGUCAGACUGACGGCUUAUUGCUAUGCGUCUGCAUUAACGAUGUGUUUGAUUUCUCUAACAUGUAUAAUCAAGAUGCUAGGUUUGUGGUAUGGAACCCGUGUACUGGUGAAACCAAGUGCAUCCAACCCAGGUAUCCUUCCACGCUAAGCCACACCUAUUCUCUUGGAUCCUACAAAAACAAAAAAUCCAACGAUAUUAGCUACAAAAUAUUGAGCCAGUGGGGUUGUGGCGAAAACCAAGAAUUCGAUAUCUACGAUGUUAGCUCUAAUUCAUGGAGGACUCUCCAUGUCACUUUGGACUGCAGGUUUGAGUUCUUUAGUAACGUGUCUUUGAAGGGAAAGACUUAUUGGUUUGCAUCAGAUGAAAAAGAGAAACAGCUCGGCAUAUUCUUAGUCAGUUUUGACUAUACAACUGAAACAUUUGGACGUCUUAGUCUUCCCCAUCAGCAUCCUAGCUAUCAAACAAUGUCUCUUUCUGUUGUUGGAGAAGAAAAGCUUUCCGUGUUAUUACAACACAAAAUUUCAUCUAAGACAGAGAUUUGGGUGACAAAUAAGAUUGGUGAGACUAAAGUGGUGUCGUGGAUCAAGGUCUUAGCAGUCGAUUUAAAGCCUGAGCUUGAUACUUAUCAUUGUAUAAGUUUCUUGGUGGAUGUCGAGAAGAAAGUCCUAGUGUAUAGUGCAUUCGUGGUAGGAAAAAACGAACACGUGGAAUACAUCGUCGGGGAGGACAAUGAAGUUAGGGAAGUGGCCCUUGGAAUCGAGUAUAUUCCAUUUUUUCUGAAUUACGUUCCAAGUUUGACUCAAAUCGAGCUACACGCAAACCUUUGUAUUUAGAAAUUUCGUAAUCUGUAUAUAUUUCACUGGUUAUCUUUUUUUUUUCUUUUUUUGAAUAAAUGUUAAAUUUGUAUUCAUAAAAAAAACCUUUAUACAUCAAA